CAAGUAAAACAAAGUUUAAAAAUACUUGAUUCAGUAAAUUUAGUGAAGUGAAAAAUUCGAUCGUGACUAAAUAGAGCAACAAAAUAAAACAAAUUUAAAAACCAAACAAACCCCACGAAAAAAGAAAAAAAAGUUCAUUCCAUCACUAUGGCUCGUCUUCUGCAAUUUAAUGUAGCGAAAGUUUUAUUAGCAUGUUGUAUAUUCCUAAGUGUUCACACCAACAUGCAGUCCACGAACGCCUCUUCCAUACCAAUUUGGGAAUUUUUAACACGUAAUGAAAAGAUGUCUUAUUUGUAUUCCACAUUUGCCCAAUUAGUGAGUGUGCACUGUAAAGCUACCACAGCCACAUCUAACAUACCAGUUAAUCAAUGUAAACGUGAUCUAUUGAGUUAUGGUUAUGAAAAACUACAAACCUUUAACGAUGCCCAAUUGGAUGCCUUUGAUCCUUAUCAAAGGGGCGCCAGUCAAUUAAUUUGGACCUCCAUUAUGAGAGAUCAUCCCAGCUCGACUUUGGUAACAACACGUAAACCCUUGCCCACACCACCGGCAACCUCAAUUGUCAUCAUGACCCACCAGCAGCAGCCUAGUGCCACAAAAACUAAAUUUAUCGAUAGCACAACAUCCUCCCAUCAAUAUCCAAAAAAUCCGAUGUUUGACAGCAGUGAACAUAAACAUCAUUAUGCCAUGGAUAUGGACAUAGCAUAUGGACAACCCAGCAUGGCCCACAAUCCCCAGAUUGAUGUGUUUGAUGUGAGUGCCCAUAAAACAUAUUUGACUGGACCCUCGGUGGUGCGUGUUAAACCUGAUGGUUCUCCCGUCGAAGAAGAUCAACACAGGCCAUUGGCUAAAGAUGACGAUUUGGAAUCAUAUGGCUCAGUGACAUUUGGCCGCAACGAUGACAUUAAAGUAAAUACAAAUGCAAAUCAACAGAAACAUCGCAAAAUUGCCACCAUUAAUGCUUUGAAACAGCAAUAUCUGGCAAAUUUGGCCAGACAACAGCAGGAGUUAUUGCCACCUUACGAGGAUGCCAGACGUCGACGUCGCCGUCAUCAACCCAUUGCCUACCACCAUUACAGCAAUAUUCGUGUGUAAUUAAUUAACAAAUGAAUUGUCUGCUUUUUUGAAGAAGUGAAAUAUGUCUGAGAGAUUUAACUAAAUAAUUAACCCCUGAAACUUAGUUAAAUUAUCAAAUACAUAUGUAUGUACAUAUGAUUUGGAUAAAAUAAUAUGUUUUCUACUCUUUAGCUUUAUUUGUAAAUUAUUGUAAGUUUUAGUUUUAAAUUUAUUUAUAUGUUUGGCUUAAUUUGUAUAUUUUUACGAGUGCAUGAGUUAUUUUGUUUGGCUGUGUAUUUGAAUGUCUGUGAAUGAUUUGAAUCUACUAGUAAUUAAUUUUAAAAACAUUUUAAUUUGUAAUUUUCUUAGUUAUAAUUUAAACGUUUUAUUUACAUCAUAUUUUCUUUUUUUAUUUUGCAAACUCAUGGAAUUAUUUACAUACAUUUUUGUUUUAAUUUUUUCUAUUUAAUUAUUUUAUUAUAUAAAAAAAAACAUUUUUGCAUAUUAUUGAAACAAAAAAAAAAACAUUUAAUUAACUUUUAUUUAUUGUGUGCUUUAAUUUAAGAUUUUAUUAUUGUAUUUACCCCUAAAUACGAGUAUGUAUAGUUAAGUUUGUAAAGAGUUUUUUACGAAUGAAAUAAAUCACUUGAAAAAUAUA